AUGGCCCUCCCUGAGCUAAUGGCAUUUAUUGCUAUUAUUAUCUUGCGGGGGCUGACCAAGUGCCCAUCAUUGAGUGACUGCUGGUCAGCAAACCUGGGAAACCCCCAGAUCAUUGCAACUAUGUCCCAAAAUCACUUCAAAGACAUUAUGCGACACCUACGCUUUGAUGAUAGGGACACCCGCAGUGAGCGCACAAAGACUGACAAGUUUGCUGCAAUUUCUGCCGUGUGGUCGUCAUUUGUCACCAACUGCAUCACAUCCUACAACUCUGGUCGACACAUCACCACUGGCGAAAAGUUUUUCCUGUCAAAGACUCGCUGCUGUUUCCUGCAGUACGUUGCAACGAAACCUGACAAGUUUGGGAUCAAGUUUUGGGUGGCUUGUGACUUGAAAUCCAAGUACAUCUGCAAUGUCCUUCCAUAUCUUUGCAAGGACCCCAGUCGUCCCAGUGGGGAGAGACUGUCCGAGAACGUAGUUUUGAGGCUGAUGGAACCAAUCCUGGACAAGCGCAAGAAUGGAACCACAGACAAUUUCUUCACAUUGAUGUCACUUGCGCAACCACUGCUUAGGUGGAAAACCACCAUCCUAGGCACAGUCAACAAGAUUCGCUGGGAAAUUCCACAAUCAUCUAGACAGAGGAACUGCAAUGAAUUCACAACUCAAGUGUUUUCAACCACUGGAGCCAUACUUACGGUGUAUGCGCCCAAAUGGAAGAAGAAGGUCUACGUUCUCAGCAGCAUGCACAGCGUGGUUCAGACUGAGAGUACCACCAAAAGGAAGCCAAACACCAUCACCCUUUACAAUGCAACAAAGUGCGGCGUGGAUAUGAUGGACCAGAUGUCCGCACAGGAACACGGCGCUGGCCAGUCGCUGUGUUCUAUAACAUGA